UUUCAUUUUGCAUAUUAUUUAAUUCUGUGCUUUGGAUAAUUGAUCGUGUCUCUUUGUCGGCGGAGCAGGGCAGCAGUAUGGUCGCAUUGUUUAUUCCAGGGACCAGCUGAUUGCGCUUAUGCCGGCCGGUUUAGCGAACAGAGCGGCGGACACCCCUGCUGAAAUCUGGAGGAAAACACACAGAGGAUGCAGAGGGAGAUCGAAAAGGUGAGGAAAGAGGACCGGGUCAAGACAACAGACUCAUGGAGAAGAGGAGUUCUCCACUUGGACUGCACGAGGACAUACCCGACCAAAACUUUUCCAUGGAGGGCUUCCAGACCGUUCGGGCUGACCGGAAUUGCACUGAGAGCGGCAUCCAGGACUCAAUAUGUAUGCUUUUUUGAUGCGGAGUUGCUUUCAAACUAACAAGAAGAUUCAGAAAUUGACAUCACUGUUUCUACAUGAAUCACGAAAAUUUACUUCUCAUUGUUUAUCGAUCCCUUAUAUGCAAAGAAUUACCUUGCAGCAAAGCAUGAAAUACCUGCAAAAAUCUGCACCUUUUUUGAUUCAGACCAGCUCGUUUUAUCUGUCCUCUCCAGCAUCCAAGAUGAAGAAAGUAGAGGAACCAGAGAAACGUGAAUUAGACUUGUUAAGGUAUGACUUUAAAGAACUGAAGAACACUCCCAAACCUGCUCUCUAUCUUGGUUUUGGUGGAUUAAUUCCUUUUGUCUCUGCUCCUCUUUUCAUGGCUAUUUCAGAAACGUAUUUCCCUGAACUAGCUUUUGCCCAAAUGGCAUACGGAGCAGCAAUACUCUCAUUCCUUGGAGGAGCACGAUGGGGAUUUUCAAUUCCAGAAAACAGCCCUGCAAAACCUGACUGGCUGAAUCUGGGAAAUAGUGUGGUUCCUUCCUUAUUUGCCUGGAUAGCCCUACUCUUUCAUGACAAUUUCAGUGAGGCUGCAAUUAUGAUUAUCAUGGGUCUUGGUAUAGCAUUACAUUAUGACUUAAAUUUACUCCCAGGUUAUCCCAGUUGGCUCAGAGCACUUCGAACUCUGUUGACUGUGAUAGCAACGUUCUCUUUGGUUGCUUCAAUAAUAAUAAAAAGUACAUAUCCUGAGAAAAAGUUAGUUUAAAUGGGAAAACGAUGUUAAAGGAAAGCGAUUUUAUGAGCUCUUCAAAUUGCGUAACAGUGGACAACAUCGUCAUUUUAAUUCAAACUGAUUGUGUGUGGAGAAAACCAAAUGUGAUGAUUAACAAUUAAUUCAGUUAUAUUAUUUGUAAGAGUCUUUUGAUUAACAUUCAUUAUAUCCCUUUUUUUAGUUUGAGUCCUUUUUCUGACAUUGUUACAAGUAUUGGUGAUAAUUUAAAUAGGAAAUCAACUUUAAGUCUUUAGGUUAAAGAAAUUUUUGUUGUUUAAGAGCAUCCAUUGGUGUCUUUUACUGGCCACAAUCCAUAUGUUGGGUUAAAGCCAAUUAUUUAUGCAAACUAUAUAUAACAUUAAGGUUUGGCCAAUAUUUGUAUAUCAGUAUCUAAAGAUACAUUAAAGACAUACAAUGCUAUAAUCUUGCUGAUAGUUUAAAAGCAGUUUUGCAGUCAGAAACCUAUAAAUUUAGCAUAAUUGUUCAUGUUGAGAGAUGAUGGCAGAUAAAUGAGAUGCUCCUGCUUCUGCAAGAUUUUCCACUUGUCAACUGGGAAAUCAUGUGCCAGGAAACAUCAUCCUACCAGCAAAGCACAGGACUACAACCCAUAAACGUUCUUGUGUGUUUUGCAUUUCAAAGCUUGUAUUUACUCCAAAUAAUUUUUGUUCACAAAACCAUAUGUAUACUAGUUUAUUUCUAACCAGAUUUGUCUGUUCAUUUAGGCUGAGCCUCAGUCUGAUAUGGUAUUUAAAUCCAUUGAGUGUGAGUUUGUGGUCUUCUGCUGCUGUUGCUCAUCCACUUAAAGAAUCAACAUGUUGUAGAUUUGGAAAAUGCUCUUCUGCAAACCACUGUUGUAACACGUGGUUAUUGGAGUUAUUCUCACUUUCCAGUCAGCUUGAACCAGUCUUCCAUUGAUCUCUCUGGCUAACAAGGCAUUUUCACCCACAGAACUGCAGCUCACUGGCUGUUUUUUUUUGUAUUUUGCAUCACUCUCUGCAAGCUUUCGGGCAGGGGUUCCCAAGCAUUAUUUUAUGCCAUGGACCCCUACCAUUAACUGAGGAGUCUGUGGACCCCAGUUUGGGAAUCCCUGCUCCAGAGACUGUUGUGCAUGAAAAUCUCAGGAGGUCAGCAGUUUCUGAGAUACUCAAUUCACCCUGUCUGGCAUGGACAAUCAUUCCACGGUUAGUCAUUUAGAUCAAAUUUCGUCCCCACUAUGAUGUUUGAUCUGGACACCAACUGAACUGCUUAACUAUGUAUGCAUCCUUUUAUGAUUUGAGUUCUGCCACGAUUGACUGAUUAGAUAUUUGCAUUAAUGAGCAGGUGUACCUUAUAGUGACUACGGGAUGUAGAUUGGGUAGAUAAGUCUUUCCCAGGAUGGAAAUGCCAGAUAUUUUGGUGAGAGGGGGAAAGUUUAAUUGACAUUUGGGAGCCAGGUUCCUUUUUUUUAUACAUAAAGAGGUAGUAGGUACCUGGAACACAAUA